UCUGGGUGUGUUGGCAAGGACUCCGCGAACGUUGGAUAUAUCCAUGGAGGUAGAAUUCCUGCGACACGAUCGGAGCGAAUGGAAGUUAUGUUUUGGUCAAGAGAUUUAUUUCUUUGCCUAAUUACGGACCGGUGAAUGCGGUGAAGAGUGGUGCAGAAAGUAAGUAAGCAAUUUGACAGUUUACGCAUACUUGGACCAUUACUAAGAGGUGACAGGUGCAUUUGUGUGUUGACAUUGGAGCCCCCAGUACUCUGACCAUGAUCUGUGCUUCUGAAAGAUCUCUCCUGGAAUUCCUUGAAAACCCUAAUGAAUAAGUACGAAGUUCUCGGCAUUGUGGGCGAAGGGGCCUAUGGAGUUGUGCUGAAAUGCAGGCACAAGGAAUCCAGUCAGAUAGUUGCUAUUAAGAAGUUCAAAGACAGCGAAGACAAUGAAGAUGUCAGGAGAACCACCCUGAGGGAGCUAAAGGUGCUCAGGCAGCUCAAGCAAGAAAACAUCGUGGAACUCAAGGAGGCCUUCAGGAGACGAGGCAAGCUGUACUUGGUCUUUGAAUAUGUGGAAAGGAAUAUGCUUGAGCUGUUGGAAGAGAUGCCCAAUGGUGUGCCUCCAGAGAAAGUCAGGAGUUAUGUGUACCAGCUACUCAAAGCAAUACACUGGUGCCACCAAAACGACAUCAUCCACAGAGACAUUAAGCCAGAGAACCUUCUAAUCAGUGAAGGUGAUAUCUUGAAGCUCUGUGACUUUGGAUUUGCUCGCAACUUGGGCGGCAAUGGUACGGCUAACUACACCGACUACGUAGCCACUCGGUGGUAUCGCUCCCCAGAACUGCUCCUUGGUGCCCCAUAUGGCAAGGCCGUUGAUAUCUGGUCCAUCGGCUGCAUUCUGGGUGAGCUGAGCGACGGACAGCCCCUCUUCCCCGGUGAGAGUGAGAUAGAUCAGCUCUACAUCAUCCAGAAGGUCCUAGGAGCCCUGCCCAACUAUCAGAUGGAGCUGUUUGAGAAGAACCCUAGGUUCUCUGGGCUCAGGUUUCCUCAAGUCUCUGAGCCUCAGACUUUGGAGAAGAAGUACUCAGGUAUAAUCAGCAGUGCUACUCUGGACGUUAUGAAGAAUGUUCUUCGGCUAGAGCCGUCCGAUCGCUUCACCAUCGAGCAGUGUUUAGAGCACCGAACCUUCCACACUGAGAGGUUACUCCAUCGGGAUCUACCCCGUCCCAAAUCAGCCUACUCAUCCAGGCAGUUGGAUGACAAGUUUCCUUCCAAGAAUGGACCCAAGCUGGGAUUUGUCAAAGAUCCCAAAGACAAUGCCCUUUCCGGCAGCGACCAAUUCAAGAAUACUACAUAUCAGACUAAUACGCCAAUGCCUGACAACACAAAGGCCUCGCAGGAAAGCACGGCAGUCAUUGAUGCGCAAGCCCCAAGUUUCCUCGUGCCGGCCUCCCACAUGAAAUUCCUGAAGUCCAGCAAGAAGAAACAGCAACAGCUCCAGGCAGAGAUGGAGAACAACACAGUCAGCUGGCAGGGCCAGCAGAAGGCAUCUCCCAUCAGGUCACCCCCGGUCCUGUGGGACAAACCGCGGGACCAUGCGGGGACCCCCUCGCCAAGGGAUUCACAGGAAACCACCUCCUUCGACGAACCGCCACGGCAAAUUGAGACCCAGAUGGAGAGAAUAGCCAGGGGGGAGAGAACUCAGGAACCCCGGAGCGAGAAAUCCUUCAGCCUGAUCAAGUCGGCCCACAGUAAGGAACCGUCCGGGUCCUACGCCAAGCAUCUCGGGAAGUACGCCAAUGCAAAAGUCUCGUCAAAGUAUUCAGGGUAUUCGGACAAGAACAGGGGAGAAAGCUCACAGGAGAAUGCAAACUCGCCAAGAGAAGAAGUUAAGAGGAAAGAGAGCAAGGGGGAGGAUUUUAGUCUAAGGAUAAGGGAGGACACAGAUAAAGAAAACACCAUCCCGAACCCGAUGGGAUCUAACAUACCUCCGUCCAAGUACUUCAAAAACCAUACAAAAACUAAUGCCAAUAGUGGUGCUGUUUCGUUGUCCAAGUCUAGUGCAGACGUCAAUGAGAACAUCCAACGCUAUUUUGACAGUGAGCCUGUCCGUUCAGAUGGCAACAGCUUCGUUUUGUUCAGCGAUCCCCGGAAUUCAGAAGCAGAGUCCAAGGACCUCCAGGACAGUAAGCACAGGGGGCCUGAGACUCGCCCCUUGUUCGGGAAUCCUGAUCAGGCUGCCACUGCCAAUGUGUACUCCGAGGGGGAGCUACCCCUCAUCUCCACCUCCCAAAGCAAACUGAAGGGGGUCUACGAGGGCAGCAGACACCCUCUGUCUAACACCACGGAGACCCCCAGGUAUCUUGUUCUCAACCCAGACUCUUGCCAAGGCAGCAGCCAAAGCGGAAGCCGUUCCCAUGGAAGCUCACCCAACAUUUCACCCAAAGGUUCCCCCAGGGAGCAACCGGAGGUGACAAAGUCUGCCAUCAUCAAGGCAGUUGAUCUUAGAGACACUAGUAGUAGCCAGGACACCACAGAUAGAUUGAACACACAGCUCACAGAAAAGAAGAGUAUACUCAAGGGCUUUCCUAGCAGUCAAAAUACUCCACCUGAGCCGGACGUACGGAAACCCAAAUCAGGCAAGAAGAAGCAACCGCAAUAUGAGGUCUCAGUGGCAUACAAAGGCCGCGUUAUACAGACUGCCAAAGCUGAGGAACAGGAGGUCAGAGAAACCCAGUCAUUCAGCACCAGAGAGUACGAGCAGCUGCAGCUGAAACAAGAACAGCAGACAACAGAGAGGCACCCGCAGCAGGCUACAUAUGCAGAGAAAGCAGGGCACAGCACAGGCCAUAGUGCAGGCCAGCAUGGCAUGGUAGCAACAUGGCCUCGCAGCAAGAGCAGGGGGCAGCAGUACACUGAUCAGAAUCCAUUCAUUGAAUCAGCUUACCUGCCAUCCGGCAUCUCCACUGGUUCCUCAGACGUGCCGAGUACCAAGCAACAGAGUGAUCCCUAUGGGGACAGUAGGCACACCAACCAUAGCAAUGUGGAGAAUAACUCAUGGAAAUCUGUGAAAGAUAACACUGCCGAUGGCCAGUGGAGGGAAGUCCAGUCGAGUAAGAGAAAGAAAAAGAAGAAGAACCAACAGUUUUUUGUCACGGGAGAGGUUUCAAAUCCCGAGCGGCUCGCUUUUCAACGGAAUAUCUACGGCAGUCGAGAACAGCCCAAGUCACUCAGGAAAUUGAACCAAACUCCUACAGCAGACAAGAAUCUACUCUCUGGAGGCUUGCACCAUUCCAGAGAGCCCCGCCUUCACCCCAUCCAGAAGCAACUCCCUUCCCUCUCGGCUGCAGGACUACCAACCACGCCCCUCACCCGCAAAGUUUCCCACGAGUCCGACGUGCGCAUUUCGCACCACCAGCAGCAGCAUCAUCAUCACCAUCAUCACCAUUACAGUAACCCCUACGCCCACCACAAACACUCCAAGUUGGACCAAGACGGAAUCCCCGACCCGAACAUCGUCAGCCAUUGGCAACAGGGUGCGCCCAUGGAUGCGGGCGUGGCACCGGACAGCAGGGCCACACCCGGCAAGGGUCCUGGACACACCUUGCAGCCGGUCAAGAGUGCCCGAGGAGGCCGGCUACCGAGCCUGCCGGAUUUCAGGGAUGCACCACUCUGAACUGUCAAUCAGGUUUGGGAUUGAAACAAAGGUGCCAGUCAGAUCUCAUGUCUGAGUAAUAUGAAAUUGUACAGCUUAACGCACAGAAGUAUUUGACUCCAGUGCUAAUUCUGUUCCAAAAAUACCACUCAUGCAACUGUUUACUUAUCACAAGUCCUUCCCUCACUGGAUGGUGCAUGAUUAUUUUGUCGCCUAAACAAAGUUUGGGGGACACUUCCGAGUCCUAAAUUCUGUAUGACCGUACACACCAGAGCUACUUGUGGGUUACUCAUACAAAGUAAACGGUACCCCACCAGUGAAAUCUUUAGAAAAAGUGAUAAAAAGACAGCACUGCUCUUACCCCAUAACUCCCAUCCGCUGGAACAUCCAUAUCCCCGUUUGACCGUACAUCUAUCCCCGUAUGUAAAUGUUAAGGUUACGUUUUUGGAAAAAAGUGCAUAACUUCUACAUGCUUUCAUGGAUUUGGAUGAAACUUGGAUGCAGUGACC